UAGCCAAGCUCAAGAAACCUUGCUUUAAACCCCUCAUUCUCUCUCCCCCGGCGCCAUAAUUCUUCAUGAAAAUGGAAAAAACUGUGCACCAAAAUCUUCAUGUCUUUAAGCAAUUCACAGAUUCUCUAUCACUAAAACUGGUUAGCCAAUUGUUGCUCUCAGUUUCUGUGUUUACCCUUUUCUUUUCCCACUCGACUUUUCUUUCUUUUCUUCAUUCUCUCAACUUUUGUUUCUCCACAUUUCCUUACAAGCUUUUCACCCACACCAUUGACAAAAACUGCAUAUUCCUUGUUUGCAAUGGACUUCUCGUCUUCCUUGCGAAAUAUUCUAGUUUGGUCGGAUUAGUGUCCUUGUCUGGCGAUCAAGGCGAGUCGCAUUCCAAUGAUAUCGUAGACGGUUUUCGAUCUGAUCAGUCAAUGUCACCGAAGAAAGAACUAAAGUUCUCGGAGAAAGAAGCUAAUGUACCUGAAAGUAUUGGCUCAGCAGAAAAUGUUGCUUUAGAAGAAGGAAAUGAAGAGGAGUGCUAUUUCACCAACCAAGGAGAAACAGAAGUAGAAACAGAAAAGGCGAUUAUCGGAAGCAAAGAACGAGAGCAAAGAAGUGGGAUUAUGGAUUCAAAAGAAGGAGAGACUCCAUUAGUAAAUGUUGCAGAAAAGGGAGAGGAGGACAAUUGUUCGACGGAUAGAUUUCUUGCUGACCAAGGAUUGGAAGAAGAAGAAGAUGAAGAUGAUGAUGAUCAAGAGGACGAAGUCGAAAAUGGAAUGCUGAGUACAGAAGAAUUAAACAAGAAGUUCGAUGAGUUUAUCAGAAGAAUGAAGGAUUGAAGCACAAAGACAGUUGAUCAUGGCCGUCUAAUUAUAAGAAUCUCAAAUGUUGGUCUUCUUCUUUCGCAGUGAAAAUAUAUAGUGUAACGGCAUGUAGACUAGUCUCUCUCAUAAUGUUGAUGGUGAUGAGCUAGGAAUCGUUUGAUUUUCCCUUCUGUUAGUUAGUUAGUAGUUAGUUGUGUGUGUAUGUUUUAUCUAGUAAAACGUUAUUCCUCUUAAUCUUCUUCCUUUUGGGAUCAACUUGGUUGUAGUUAUGUAGUGUAUAUAAGCAUGCAUUUGCUUCAAAAUUUUCA